AUGUCGAAGAACAGCAUGAAUACCAAGCCUACCAAGGGCGAUUACAAGGAGCCCUUCGGAUUCGAGAAAUCUCGAGUAUCCAGACAAAUCCAGAACAAGGAGCUCAUUGCAGAGAAGACUCGUGAAGCUUUAAUGGCCAUCGACGCCAUGCAAGGGACCCUCGAUAUCGGAAGCUCCAAGUCCUCUCCAGCGCCAGCAUCAGAAAGUCCAGUCCAGAGCUACAAGCCUGAUCCCAAGACCAUCCCAGGGCAUUCAGUGUCGAAUAACAACAUCCGGGCCAAGACCGAAAACAGUCGCUCCACAGACCAUUCGACCACAGUAUCGGAAAGUCUCUAUCCGAGUAUUAGCUCCAGGUCAAGCAGCGAUCAAGGCAGCGAUAUUCGAAUUGGCCAAGGUGCCAGGGAAUGGUCUGAGGCGUACAGACAGCGGUGGAAUGAUGAACCGUUCCAAGGGUCGGAAUCGUCGUACGAUGAUUCCAUAUAUGACGAGUCUUUGGAUGAUGUGGAUUCGGCAGAGAUCAGGCUCAGGGAGAGGGCGAAGGCAUUGUCGCUCGCGAAGAAGAAAAUGCCAAAGCCUGCAGAGGUUGUCAGGGAUGUCGGUCCGAGUAAUCCAACACCUGACAAGCCGGUAGUGGUUGCGAAAGGGCUGGGUCAGAUUUUGCGCGAAGACGAAGAGGCGAGGGCGUGGCGAGUGUAA